GUUGCCUGAGCCGAGGUGAGCGCGGGGGCGCGGAGCCCAGCGCAGCCGCCGCGGGCGAGCGUGGGCGGGCGGAGGUGACAGCUCACGGGAGCGUCUCCAGGUGCGGGGGCGCCCCGCGCUCUCCACCAGCGCCACCUCUGCUGGCUCUCUGGGCAAGUUUGUGGUCCCCUUUUGCGGAAAUCUUGACCGAUCAGCCAGGAGUCCAGACGUGACGGUUAAUUGAAAACUCCUGCUGGGAAGGAGGAGGAGGAAGCGUGUCCAGCAUGAGAGUCGUCUUGAGGUCAGCGGUGGACUCGUGUACCUCUUUCUGAUCCAGGUUUCCACAGCUGGAUUGUCUACUAGGUCAAAUUGUCACCAAUGGCAGUAAAACUCGUUUUCGGGGGGUCAAGAUGGCAGAACUGAGGCACAGAGAGAUCAAGUAACAAACCCAAGUUCAUCUGGCUGGUCUCAUGGACUAAUUGGCUUUCGUUCAGCAGGAACCUAACAGACAAGUCCUUCUGCUGUGUAUCAAGACAAUGCUUGGUUGAAACACUUCUGAAAAUGAUCAAAGCUGUGUUGCAAUGUGACAUUGUCAGAGGAGGACAAACAGCUUGAGAAUUUCCUGUUAAUCACAUCACAGCUUGAAGGAAGCCCCUUUCCAUCAAGCGGGACUGCAUGGCCAGCAGUCCCCACUGAAGGGUUGACAAUGAGUGUCCCAGCAGCUCCUAAGAAAUCAUGUUUCAAUCAGUUGCGGGACAACAGAAAUGGUGCCAAGAACAAUAAUGAGAGCAUCCUAAGUCUGGGAGAUACAAAUGCCAAUCAAAUCAUGUUGGAGGUCAGCUCCUCUCAGGGUGAGUCCGAGACACAUGACCUGGUGGAUGAAAUUGGAAAUGCCAAUUCAAGUGGGCCAGAACACCACACCCACUUCCUUAAGGAACCUCACCAAUAUCAGGGCUUUGGGAAAGGACCUCAGGCUGCCUCCACCAGUUUGAAAGAUUUUAAACUUUCUCCGACCAUCCAGAGGGAGCUACAUGAAGAGCACACAAUGGAGAGAAGCACAGAUAUCCUGCAGAACCCUCGGAGUGUGCAGGGACCAAGUCUGUCAAGUUGGAGGACUGUAAUGGGUGAGGCUAGUCUAGAGGUUCUGGCUAAAAGGGAUGUUGAAAUUCCCAGGCACAUUCCCAAGGAUAAGUUGGCAAAGACCCUGGACAAUGAGGAAUUGAAAAGGCAUUCUUUGGAAAGAGCUAGCAGCUCUGCAGCUGCAUUUGGGAGCUUGACUCUGCAGCAUCAGCAGCCUGCACAACUGGAUGCCCUUGAGCCCCGGGGUCAUGUGCCUGGGGGUGGAGAAGGGCCACAGAGGACAUUGACUGAUCACUCUCCAGGGGCAGCUUUCCUUCCAACUGAUAAUACCUCAGAGGGAAAGAGUGUACGUCCUCCUAAACCAUCUACCUCAGAAGCCAAGGAGACCAGUCCCUCAGAGACCCAGACAGAGGGGGCACACAGACUGAAUGUUUGCCACGAGCACGCAUCACGUGCUGCCCAUCCAGACCCUGCUCUGAAUUCAACUUUGUCAUUGAAGGAAAUCUUGAGUUAUCCAGAAGCACAAUUAGGUCAGGGGAAGGGGGAACCAAAGCUGGAACUGAAAUAUGUUCAACCCAGGACCGGGCAGGAGCCAAAGUCGACCCAGGCAGGGGGUCUGGGGUGUCGCAAGGAAGAGAGUGUGUCACACCAAGACAGAAAGGAGUCACGUGGAGAAGCACACAAAGAAGCCAUGUUUGCAGUUAGCAACGCUUCAAAUAGCAGCCAGCACCAUCCUGGAGGGGGAAGAGGCAACAGCCAGGAGAAGACAGGAGUCGGUGCUGGGAUGGAGGAUCUUCUCCAGAUCAGCCCCAAACAGAGUCCUGCUUCCUUGGAAGUGGCUGGAAAUCUUCCCACUGGCAAAGUAUCACCAAGUAUAGGUAAGAAGUUGAAGGAAAUGACAUCCAGCAACUUUUUACCCGGUGAUGGCCACGUAGCUUUUGUUCCUAACGAUCUGACGGACAGCAAGCCCUUGGAUGUCAGCGAGGAGACAAAGAGGAUGGGCAGUGGGAACAGGGAAAGGACCAUGGUGUUGGCCUCAGAUCCUUCUCCCAGAGAGAGCAAAACGGAGUCCCCGAACCCUCAAAGCAGCUGCCUAGAAGCAGGGGGAAAAGAGACCACAGUACCCGUGGUGGAAAAUGGGAACCUUCCGGAAGAUGCAGCCAAGAGUGAAAUCACCCCAUCAAGAGCAGAGUCAAGUCUCAGUACCCCGGCUCCUCUCCACCCAGAGACAACUGUGAACACGACCCACCAGCCCACGCCACCCAGUAGCAGUUUUCAGGACCUUGGUGUGUUCAGUGUGAACGCAGGGUCACCCUCAGCAGUCCCACCCGCCACUGACAGUGUGCGGCUGCUCAACACAUCCCCAAAAGUGCCUGAGAAGAACACCUGCCCCAGUGGGAUCCCUAAGCCUGUUGUUGCACCUUCCAAGGACACACCUUCCUCAGAGGAAGGAAUGGAGAAGCAUCAGGUUGAAAAAACAGAGGAAAGGACAGACAUGAAGCCCGUCAUCGUGCCCAAGCCCAAGCCUGUGAGGCCCAAGAUCAUCACCUACAUCCGGAGGAAUCCACAAGCCCUGGGCCAGGUGGACACUUCACUGGUCCCUGUGGGGCUUCCCUAUGCCCCACCAGCAUGUAGCAUGCCUCUUCCCCAGGAGGACAAGGUGGCAAGUGGAGACCUUAAGCCAUCAGCUAACCUCUAUGAGAAAUUCAAGCCAGACUUGCAGAAGCCAAGGGUCUUCAGUUCUGGACUGAUGGUGUCUGGCAUCAAGCCCCCAGGACAUCACUUCAGUCAAAUAAGUGAAAAGUUUUUGCAGGAGGUGACAGACCACCCUGGAAAAGAAGAAUUUUGUUCUCCUCCCUACACUCACUACGAAGUCCCUCCGACUUUCUAUCGGUCAGCCAUGCUUCUGAAGCCCCAGUUGGGACUGGGUGCCAUGUCCCGCCUGCCCUCUGCAAAGAGCAGGAUUCUGAUAGCGAGUCAGAGGUCUUCAGCAAGUGCCAUCCACCCACCGGGACCCAUAACAACAGCUGCCAGUCUCUACAGUUCUGAUCCUUCAGCAGAUUUAAAGAAAGCUUCCAGUUCAAAUGCUGCAAAAUCCAGUCUACCGAAAUCCGGACUUCGACCUCCUGGAUACUCGCGUCUCCCAGCGGCCAAGCUGGCGGCCUUUGGCUUUGUCCGGAGCUCCAGCGUGUCCUCAGUUUCCAGCACCCAGUCAGCGGACAGCGUGCCACCCGAGCAGAGCCGGCCAGCCACCCGUUCAACCUUUGGGAAUGAAGAACAGCCAGCUCUGAAGGCAGCUCUGCCUUCUAAGGACACACCCAAGGGGGCCAGCCGAGUGACCCCUCCGGCAUCCUCCAGUGUGACAACACCCCGCAGGAGUUUACUUCCAGCGCCGAAGUCUACUUCUGCACCUGCUGGAGCAAAGAAAGAAGCACAAAAAGAUCAAGAUGCCAAUAAACCUACUGUUUCAUCUCCUAAGAGAACAGCAGCUUCUACCACCAAGCUUCAUUCACCAGGUUACCCAAAGCAGAGGACUGUGGUUCCUCGAAAUGGGUUUGCACCCAAGCCUGACCUGCAGGCCCGGGAGGCUGAGCGGCAGCUGGUCCAGCGACUGAAGGACAGGUGUGAACGGCAGGCCCGGCAGCUUGGCCUCAUUCAGGGGGAGCUGAGGAGGGCCAUCUGUGGCUUUGAUGCUUUGGCCGUGUCCACUCAACAUUUCUUUGGAAAGAAUGAAAGUGCCCUUGUGAAAGAAAAAGAGCUGUCAAUCGAACUUGCAAACAUCAGGGAUGAAGUUGCCUUCAACACAGCCAAAUGUGAGAAGCUGCAGAAGGAGAAGGAGGACCUGGAGCGGCGGUUCGAGGAGGAGCUGAGGAGGCUGGGCUGGCAGCAGCAGGCCGAGCUCCAGGAGCUGCAGGGGCGGCUGCAGGGGCAAUUCGAGAUGGAGAUGGCGCGCCUGCAGGAGGAGCACCACAGCCAGCUGCUGCGCAUCCGGUGCCAGCACCAGGAGCAGGUGGAAGAUAUCACCGCCAGCCAUGAGGCUGCUCUUCUGGAGAUGGAAAAUAACCACACGGUUGCCAUCGCGAUUCUGCAGGAUGACCAUGACCACAAAGUCCAAGAAUUGAUAUCUACCCAUGAACUUGAGAAAAAGGAAUUAGAAGAAAAUUUUGAAAAGCUGCGGCUGUCAUUACAGGACCAGGUGGACACACUGACCUUCCAGAGCCAGUCUCUGCGGGACCGAGCCCAUCGCUUCGAGGAGGCUUUGAGGAAAAACACCGAAGAGCAGCUGGAGAUUGCACUGGCCCCUUAUCAGCACUUGGAGGAAGACAUGAAGAGCCUGAAGCAGGUGUUAGAGAUGAAGAAUCAGCAAAUACACCAGCAGGAAAAGAAGAUUAUUGAGCUGGAAAAGCUGGCAGAAAAGAACAUUAUUCUGGAAGAAAAGAUCCAAGUCCUCCAACAACAGAAUGAAGACCUUAAAGCAAGGAUUGACCAGAACACAGUUGUCACCAGACAGCUGUCAGAGGAAAAUGCUAAUCUCCAGGAAUACGUGGAGAAAGAGACCCAGGAGAAGAAGAGAUUGAGCCGAACCAAUGAAGAGCUGCUUUGGAAGCUUCAAACUGGGGACCCAACCAGCCCAAUUAAACUCUCCCCCACAUCCCCGGUUUACCGAGGCUCCUCAUCCGGGCCCUCCUCCCCAGCCAGGGUCAGCACCACGCCCAGAUGACGUCACCACGCAGCCUUCGGGAGCUCAGGCUUCUGUCCACCCUGGGGAGUGCUGACCAUGUGCUGGCCAAGUGCCGGCGGCCGCCCUGCGCGCAUGCUCAGUAGCUGCAUAAUGCAUCCUAGGCAGCAUCCUCUUCUGACCCCUGUGUAAGACUGUCGUGGUGUUGGCGCUUAGGAAGGUGUAAACGGUAGAGUCUGAUGUGCAAAAACGUUUUACCAUAGUUAGAGCCAAAAGACAACUCCAAUUGUUCUUGAGUGAUGAACUUUCACUGCAGAAUUUCAGGUUAGUUUCAAAUAGCUCAAUUUUGAAUAUACAUUGAAUAAUCAUUGUGUACUGCACCGAUAUGUGUGUAUAUUUAGAUAUACGUAUAUACACAUGCAGCGGUUCUGAAUUGCAUUUUUUAUAACGUGAUUUGCUGACAUAUUUUAGUGAAGGUCAGCAGUUUUCUAACUUGUGCCUAAGAAUUAUUGGGAAAUGAAAAUGCAUUUCUAUCCAGCUUCCUAGGAAUAUUUCUACCCAAAAUAGAAAAAGGAAAAAAAAAAAAAAGAAACAGAGAAGAAGCGCCUUUUGAUCUACCACCAAGUGGUACUCUAACACAAACACCAGCGAUUUGUGAAUGAUAACUGCCUUUGGAACAAUUGGCUUCAUAGUCAACAUGAGUGAGGUCACUACUAUUCCAUCUGCAAGUUUUAGUUACAAAUCCUCCAGUUGUGAGUGGAUGAGGGAUAACAGUGGGAAGCCCCAAGGGGGUUGAAAAGUUUUGCCAAUGUUACUCAUGACAGUGACUCAUCUAUACAGUCUUGUGACACAA